UGCGCUGUUAUAUGCUUGGCGUAUGCUUUAUUCUGUCCGGCCAUUGUUGCAAAUGCCAAAUCCUUUGUCAGUGGUCAGCCUAAGUCUCGGAGUACAGACUCAUCAUCAAGUGACUCAGAGUCAGAAGGUUUACCUGGAAAUGGAUUGGACAGGUGUAGUACACAGCCAUGCAAGAAUAACGGCACCUGUAUUGAUUUGGAACACAAUUACACAUGUAUCUGCACUGGUAGCUUUAAAGGCCCAAAUUGUGAAGAUUCUGCAGCAGUUGAAUCAUGUCCACCUGAGUGGAUCUUCAACAAUGGUAGUUGUUAUUUACUUAGUUCAACAGAUAGAUCCUGGACAGAUGCUCGUGAUGACUGCAACCGCACAGGUGGAUUCCUUGUAGAGAUCGGUAGUGCUGGAGAAAAUGAGUUUUUGUUAACUGUUAAUGCAUAUUUCUGGAUUGGCUUGAGUGACGCAACAACUGAGGGUACAUUCACUUGGACUAGAAGCGAAAGCAUAGUGUCUUACGUCAACAACUACGUCUCUAUCACAAAUGGUGAGGAAAAGGACUGUGUUUUCUUCCAAAAUACCAUGUGGUUAGUCGAAUCAUGCAUUCCAGAAAUUUUACUACCCUACAUUUGUGAAAUGGACGCUGCUGCAUAAUAGUCGGGGGAGAUGUAAGCUCUGAGGACUUGACUCGGAAGAGUUUGGCAUUGUCUCAAUGGACCAAUGACAUUAUACAUUACAUUAUAUCAGUUGAUUGAAACCAAUUUUAUAGAUUGAAACAUUUUCUUACUUGAAACGUUUUCUUUACAUGAUAUCAGUGGAUUGAAACCUUUUCUUACAUUAUGUUAGUGGGUUGAAAACUUUUCUUUACACUAUGUCAGUGUGUUGAAAUCUUUUCUUUACAUUAUGUCAGUGAAUUGAAACCUUUUCUUACAUUAUGUCAGUGUGUUGAAACCUUUUCUUUACAUGAUGUCAGUGGGUUGAAACCUUUUCUUUACAUUAUGUCAGUUGGUUGAAACCUUUUUAUGUCAAUGGAUUUAAACAUAUUUUUAAAUUUUGUCAGCUGGUUACAAACCUGUUCAUUGAAAUUGACUAUAUGUAUAUUGAAGUUGAAACAUUGAAAUCAGACGCUUAUUCCGAAUUCUCA